AUGUGUCUGAUAAAGCUGCGGGCUUUCCUGCGACGGAUACUACAUCGCUUCAUAUCAAAUACUCAGAGCGACCCAGAGGAUACCACAGAUGCAUCCGAAGCCCCAAGUUGCCGAUUUCCUCUCGAUGACGACAGUUCAGAUGCAUUAACACUGCCAGAUGGCCGGAAACUUGGAUAUGCGCAGUAUGGAUUGUUGACGGGAAAGCCUAUCUUUUAUCUACAUGGCCUGCCGGGAGCUCGCACUGAAGCUGCAUGUUUUGAAGAUCUUGCCAGUGAGCUGGGAGCCCGUAUAAUUGCUAUUGAUCGGCCUGGUAUUGGCUGGAGCUCACCUCAUGCAGGUCGGUCACUUCUUGACCACCCAAAGGAUCUGGAAGAGCUUGCAAACCAUCUCAAACUGGAUAUAUAUGGAGUACUGGUUAGGAGUAACUAUCCCAUCACACUACUUCAAGAACAUCAGAAAUUGACAAAAUUCGACAGGGAAUUUCUGGAGGCGGGCCAUAUGCACUCGCUUGUGCUGCAUCACUACCGCCAGAAAAACUUAAAGCAGUCUCUAUCAUCUGUGGCCUCGGCCCUCCUGACAUCGGUAUGA